ACGCAUGCGCACUAACUCGAGGACUGUCACAGGUCCGUGAUCCUGCUCCUCUUCGCUAAUAUGUGGCUAUAAUCCUGUUUUUGUCUUCCUUUUGAAAAUGUCGACCGGAGGGGUGGUCUUGGUGGGUUUCUCGUCUUCAUAAACCAGGCUUUGGCGCUUUCAUUCUAGCCUUUAAAUUGUAGUCGUAUCCAAUGAAGACGGACAGACUCUGUUUAAGUGUCAGCGCUCUCAAAAUGAUAUGACGAGUUACCAAAACAACUUAACUGGAAAAAAAAAAUCCAAGUUGAUUUGCGCUGAAAUUCACCUUUUGGUGCUUGCAUUUUACAAAUGCAGGAUGCGAUGGUGUUCCAGCUCUGUGUUCCACCUGCUGCGCUGUGUGCGGCUGCGGUCAUGUAGCAGGCGGGGACGAAGCAGGCUUCCUUUGUGGAUUAGGGAAAUAGGGGCUUACAUGAGACUGCUGGUGAAAUCACUUUACUUUAACUCGCUCACAGACUCAGAUGUGGUUUUUGACUCAAUCUUUGAACCAGUUUUUCUGACUGUGGAUUACAUCACCCGCUGGUUUGGACUGGUGUUUGUUUGUCUCGUGGUGAUACUGACCAGCUCCAUCGUGGCGAUAGCCUAUGUGGUCUUGCUGCCUCUGAUCUUCAACACCUACUCCCCUGCAUGGAUUGCUUGGCAUGUUUGUUAUGGACACUGGAACCUCAUCAUGAUUGCUUUCCAUUACUACAAAGCUGCCAACACCUCUCCUGGAUAUCUCCCUACAAAAAAACACGACGGUCCAGUUGUGUCAGUCUGCAAAAAGUGCAUUAUUCCUAAACCAGCAAGAACACACCACUGUGGAAUCUGUAACAGAUGCAUUUUGAAAAUGGACCAUCACUGUCCCUGGUUGAAUAACUGCGUGGGGCAUUUUAACCACCGUUACUUCUUUUCCUUUUGUCUCUUCAUGACCUUGGGCUGUGUCUACUGUAGCAUCAGUGGAAGAAACCUGUUCCUGGAUGCAUACAAUGCACUCGAGCGCUUUAAACAUUUGGAACUGGAAAAGCCUGGGAUACCAGUAACAGGGAUGGGACUGCUUAUAGGGCUUCUUCCUUCUGGCCAGACCAACUAUCAGACCCCUGCACCUCCCUACACAUUUAAGGAUAAGAUGAUCCAUAAGAGCAUCAUCUACAUGUGGGUCCUCACCAGCACAGUGGGAGUGGCACUGGGAGCUUUAACCAUCUGGCAUGCAGUUCUCAUCUCCAGAGGAGAGACGAGCAUUGAAAGACAUAUCAACGGCAAAGAAACAAAGCGACUGGCCAAAUGGGGAAAGGUAUACAGAAACCCCUUUAACUAUGGCAGGUUGAAUAACUGGAAAAUCUUCUUAGGUGUGGAGAAGAGAAGUCACUGGGUGACGCGUGUCCUCCUCCCCUCUGCGCACCCCCCGCAUGGUGACGGCUUGACGUGGGAUGCCUUCCCAGUUAAAAAGAAUUUCAUACCUGUAUGACAGACUCUGCUUAGGCACACUCUAUUGUCUAAUUUGUCAGUGUUUUCUCUGUCAACCUACGUAAUCGGGUUUGCUUUGAGGAUUCCUGCUCAGUGGCUCCACUUAAGUGAAGUCAUGAAUUUAUGUCAACCUCCAAUACCUCAAAAAAACAAAAACCUGCUGCUGGUGAGACUCUUGCCUCUCCAGCCUGCAUUGCUCAGCAAGGCAGUGUGUCAUGGUUUGUUCUGUACUGGGUUUUACUUAGUCUUACAAACUGGCUUUACUUGACUCUGAGCAUGAGUUGGAUAUUUUUAUAAGCCAAAUAUACUGACUUUAUCUGUUAAAUAAUUCUUUUUUUUUUUUUUUAAUCAACUCAUCUCAGCUUCGACCCAAGCUGAUUUUUAUAAAAAAAAAAAAAAAAAAAAAAAAAAA